AUGGCUGUGGCAGGGCUGCCGGAGGACCACAAGCCCGCCUGCGGCACCGAUACGUCCGUGGGCAUGCUAUCGCUGAAGACAUCGACUGGCGUCAAGCCCGCCCACCGUGUCUUCUUGGAGAAUUGGCAGGCGGCGCUCACCGUGGCGAUGGUCAGCGUGCCGCUUUCGAUCUCGCUCGGCAUCGCGUCGGUGGCUGGCGCAGACCCCGCAGCGCCGACGAUGGGUGUUGCCACCGCCUUCUGGGGAGGCAUAUGCGCAGGACUAUUUGGCUCCAGCGACCACAACAUCGUCGGGCCCGCUGGCGCCCUGAGCGGCAUGCUUACCACUUACACGAUCAAGUACAACGGCAUCGGGGUCUUGCCGUACCUGUCCCUCCUUUCGGCCUGUAUGAUCCUCGUCAUCUACAUGCUGAACCUUCAGCGCUACUUGCUUCUGAUGCCCACGGCCGUCUUCGAGGGCUUCACCCUGGCCGUCGCUCUCAUCAUUGGUCUAAACCAGCUGAACAUGGCGUUCGACUUGCAGCCGGUAGGCCCCAAGCAUGAGCACUUUUACGAGAACGUCAUCGAGUCCCUUAAGAUUUUGGAUGAGAUGAGCUGGGCGCCAGCCAUCACUUUCGUGCUCCUCACGGUGCUGCUCCUCUCUCUCGUGAAGUGGGUCCCGAAGGUCAAGGGGCAGCCGAUCCCGUGGACGGUGAUCAUCCCGCUCCUGACGAUCAUCCUGGGCUUCCUCUCCGACUCAGACAACCUCGGCGGCAUCCGCAUCCCGACGCUCAAGGACAAGUACGGAGAGCUUAAAGCGAGGGUCGUCGUCCCCCCGGAGCAGUCUCUAGAAUUUUACGCGCAGGGCAACUACUUCGGCAUCUUCACUGCGGCCUUCGGAAUCGCCUUCGUGGCCGUGCUCGAGACGCUGAUCUCGGCCAAGAUCGCCGAGCAGAAGACGGGCUGGGGCUUUGAUGACAGCCGCGAGACGCUCGGUAUCAUGAUCUGUCACGCGGUCUGCGGUGCGGUAGGCGCCAUGCCUCCCACUGGCGUCUUUGUGAGGACGGCCCUGAAUUUUUCGCUGGGUGCCACCCACAGGAUGUCGCAGGUCAUCAACGCUCUCACGGUGCUCAUAAUCUCCGUGGUUGCCAUGCCCGUCUUCUCGUACUUGCCGCAGUGCUCGGUGGCGGCGCUUCUCAUCUUCGCCUCCGUCCGCAUGGCCCCCGUCCGCUACAUGGUCAACCUCUGGAAGACGGACCAGGGCGGGCUCGGCCUUCUGGUGUUCACCUGCUUGAUCUGCGUCUUCACGGACCCUGUCUACGGCCUGAUUCUGGGCAUGGUCUUCGCCUUGCUUCGUGACGCCUCCCAGACGGCGCUGGCCGAGUCCCGCUUGUCGCUCUACCUAGGGGAGGCCGACGAGGAGAACCAGGUGAGGCAGGGGGGCGAUGAGCAUCCAGGCAUGACCUCGAGCACUGUGGGUGAGAAGCAGAUCGCGUGCAGCAAGCCGAGCGAUCAGCACUCGAGCGUGACCCCGAGCAGGGCGUGCGCGACGGCAACCUGCACGGUCGAGGUGGACCACCAUGACCCGCGGCUGUCGCUGAGGCCGUCGCCCGUGGCGGCGAUCCUGGGGUCGCUGGCAGAGUCCGCGAGGAGAAGCCAGCGGGUGCAUCAUUGCGAUGGGAACGUCCUUGAGAGGGCCAGCGAGUGCGUCGUGGUGUACGAGCCGGUUGGCCCCCUCGUCUAUCUGACCCAGGAGAAGCACCAGGCGCGCCUGAAGGUCCUGCUCGAGCGCCAGCCCAAGGCCAUCGUGGCAUCCCUGGACCUGACGUCCCGCGUCGACAAGGACGGCUCGGACGCCCUGGGCAAGACCGCGAAGCAGAUCGCGGAGAAGGGCGUGCGUGUGGAGCUGUGCCUGCCGACUGCCCUCGAGAGCACCGUUGUGGGCAAUGCCGCCUGGGUCGAUGGGCUCCGGGCCGCCAGUCAUGUGCAUCGUCACCGCCUCGACGCGUUGCGCGCAGCCAAGGCCGCCACGAGCUCGUCGGAGGCGUCGACGCUGCCGGCCGCACAGGGGUACUACGUGGCCUUGUGGCUCAACGGUUGGAUCAAGUCUCACGUCUCUCAGGACCACAAGCCCGCCUGCGGCACCGAUACGUCCGUGGGCAUGCUAUCGCUGAAGACAUCGACUGGCGUCAAGCCCGCCCACCGUGUCUUCUUGGAGAAUUGGCAGGCGGCGCUCACCGUGGCGAUGGUCAGCGUGCCGCUCUCGAUCUCGCUCGGCAUCGCGUCGGUGGCUGGCGCAGACCCCGCAGCGCCGACGAUGGGUGUUGCCACCGCCUUCUGGGGAGGCAUAUGUGCAGGACUGUUUGGCUCCAGCGACCACAACAUCGUCGGGCCCGCUGGCGCCCUGAGCGGCAUGCUUACCACUUACACGAUCAAGUACAACGGCAUCGGGGUCUUGCCGUACCUGUCCCUCCUUUCGGCCUGUAUGAUCCUCGUCAUCUACAUGCUGAACCUUCAGCGCUACUUGCUUCUGAUGCCCACGGCCGUCUUCGAGGGCUUCACCCUGGCCGUCGCUCUCAUCAUUGGUCUAAACCAGCUGAACAUGGCGUUCGACUUGCAGCUGGUAGGCCCCAAGCAUGAGCACUUUUACGAGAACGUCAUCGAGUCCCUUAAGAUUUUAGAUGAGAUGAGCUGGGCGCCAGCCAUCACUUUCGUGCUCCUCACAGUGCUGCUCCUCUCUCUCGUGAAGUGGGUCCCGAAGGUCAAGGGGCAGCCGAUCCCGUGGACGGUGAUCAUCCCGCUCCUGACGAUCAUCCUGGGCUUCCUCUCCGACUCAAACAACCUCGGCGGCAUCCGCAUCCCGACGCUCAAGGACAAGUACGGAGAGCUUAAAGCGAGGGUCGUCGUCCCCCCGGAGCAGUCUCUAGAAUUUUACGCGCAGGGCAACUACUUCGGCAUCUUCACUGCGGCCUUCGGCAUCGCCUUCGUGGCCGUGCUCGAGACGCUGAUCUCGGCCAAGAUCGCCGAGCAGAAGACGGGCUGGGGCUUUGAUGACAGCCGCGAGACGCUCGGUAUCAUGAUCUGUCACGCGGUCUGCGGUGCGGUAGGCGCCAUGCCUCCCACUGGCGUCUUUGUGAGGACGGCCCUGAAUUUUUCGCUGGGUGCCACCCACAGGAUGUCGCAGGUCAUCAACGCUCUCGCGGUGCUCAUGAUCUCCGUGGUUGCCAUGCCCGUCUUCUCGUACUUGCCGCAGUGCUCGGUGGCGGCGCUUCUCAUCUUCGCCUCCGUCCGCAUGGCCCCCGUCCGCUACAUGGUCAACCUCUGGAAGACGGACCAGGGCGGGCUCGGCCUUCUGGUGUUCACCUGCUUGAUCUGCGUCUUCACGGACCCUGUCUACGGCCUGAUUCUGGGCAUGGUCUUCGCCUUGCUUCGUGACGCCUCCCAGACGGCGCUGGCCGAGUCCCGCUUGUCGCUCUACCUAGGGGAGGCCGACGAGGAGAACCAGGUGAGGCAGGGGGGCGAUGAGCAUCCAGGCAUGACCUUGAGCAGGGUGGGUGAGAAGCAGAUCGUGUGCAGCAAGCCGAGCGAUCAGCACUCGAGCGUGACCCCGAGCAGGGCGUGCGUGACGGCAACCUGCACGGUCGAGGUGGACCACCAUGACCCGCGGCUGUCGCUGAGGCCGUCGCCCGUGGCGGCGAUCCUGGGGUCGCUGGCAGAGUCCGCGAGGAGAAGCCAGCGGGUGCAUCAUUGCGAUGGGAACGUCCUUGAGAGGGCCAGCGAGUGCGUCGUGGUGUACGAGCCGGUUGGCCCCCUCGUCUAUCUGACCCAGGAGAAGCACCAGGCGCGCCUGAAGGUCCUGCUCGAGCGCCAGCCCAAGGCCAUCGUGGUAUCCCUGGACCUGACGUCCCGCGUCGACAAGGAUGGCUCGGACGCCCUGGGCAAGACCGUGAAGCAGAUCGCGGAGAAGGGCGUGCGUGUGGAGCUGUGCCUGCCGACUGCCCUCGAGAGCACCGUGGUGGGCAAUGCCGCCUGGGUCGAUGGGCUCCGGGCCGCCAGUCAUGUGCAUCGUCACCGCCUCGACGCGUUGCGCGCAGCCAAGGCCGCCACGAGCUCGUCGGAGGCGUCGGCGCUGCCGGCCGCACAGGCCGACCUUC